AUGGCAUGGCUUUUUGAAUCUUUGACUCCCGUCGUGGAGAAAGCUUUUGAUCCUAUCUUUGGUCCAAUCCUGUUUUCAGUCAUUGCUUGUUUGGUUACAUAUGCUGUCUCUCGAGUAUCAUGGGACCUCAACGUUCGUUCGGAUUCUUUGGAGCCAAAGUUUCCUCCUACAGCUCCAUAUGCCAUUCCUCUCUUGGGAAGCAUUCCCAGCAUCAUAUUCGACACCAAGAAAUUUAUCCACAAUUCAACAUGGGCACUCAAAACCCCCAACCCCUUCGCCUUCCGCCUCUUCACCAAGAAAUUCUUCGUCCUCCAAGGCGCAGCAAACAUAAACGCCUUCUGGAAAAAAGAAUCCCAAAUGAUCGGUAUGACCGCGCAAAUCUACUGUCUCAAAUACCUGUUCGGCAUGCCCAAAUCCGCCCUUGACGUGUACGUCGCCGACAAUUCUGGAUUCAACGAAAAGCCCGCUCCAAAAGCCACGUUCAACCUCAAGAUCGCAUCGAUUACCUCACUCAUACCUCUCUUUUGGCAUUUACCGAGAUUAAAAGGAUUAAAUACCUUUGAUGAAUGGAUCGAACAUCCUAGUCUUCUUUCUUUCUUUGAAAGAGAUUUUGCCUUGGCGGUGGUGGAAGCGAGUUGUGGAUCUAUUCUCGAAAGAGAGAAUCCGGAUUUCGCAGAGGAUUUAGCUACGUAUACGAGAGUUACUCCUGUGUUGUCGAAAGGGAUUCCGAGGAUCUUUGCUCCCAAGGCGUAUGGGAUUCGCGAUAAGUUGUUGGGUAAUAUUAAGGAUUGGCAUCGGAGAGCGAGGGAGGAGUGGGUACCAGAGUGUGUCGAGGAAGAUGGUGAUGCGGAUCCGUAUUGGGGAAGUGAGUUUAUGAGGAGUAGGCAGACGAUGUUUGCGGAUUUCAGGGGCUUUGAUGCAGAUGCAGCCGCUUCUUCGGAUUUGGGAUUUACAUGGGCAUUAAUAUACAACAUCGUCCCAACAAUGAUGUGGGUAGUUCUCCAAAUCCACAAAGAUCCCCUCCUCCGGACCUCCAUCCGCGCCGAACUCUCCUCCUUCUCCCUCCUAACACCCACCUUCCACCCCACCUCCAUCAAAACCCUCGUCAAACUUCCCCGUCUCCAAGCCGUAUACGCCGAAUGUCUCCGUUUAUUCGAUCAUCCCUUCAUCCCUAGAGAAACAAUAGAAGAAGUCCAAGUCAACAAUUGGAAAUUUCCAAAAGACAGCACCAUCGUCAUAUCAACCCACGAAGCACAAUCCGACUCCCAUGUCUGGAAUACCGGGAUCAAUAACUCUCACCCUAUCGAAUCUUUCUGGGCGGAACGUUUCCUCGCGUACCCCUCGGACCCGCUCUCUGGUCCAAUUCUCCGUAGUGCAAUCAUGCCCUCCAAUUUACCUGCUUACGACGAACUUCUCAAAACCGAACUAGAGAGUGGAAGAGGUGAUGAGCCGGUAUUUGCAGAAAAAGCAACGCUAGGCCAUUGGAUCCCGUAUGGAGGCGGCGCACGCAUCUGUCCCGGACGACAUUUUGCCAAGAAAGCUAUUUCUCAUGGGAGCGGCUAUGACGACGGCGAUGUUUGA